AUGAGAUCAAUAUAUGAACCCGGCCAGGAAGGAUUUUUGCCAACUUUUGGACCAUCUUUCUUGAACUUUUUCGGCUUUGAGAAGUUAAAACGACUGAAAUGGUUCAAGGAAAAGGAGAAAGACAUGAUAAAGGAAGAUGAAGGCAGCAAGUAUCUGGCACGACUGCUGGUGUCGGUGGACUGCACGGACUACGUCGACGAAUCUGUCCAGCGGACGUUCAUCGACCACAGCUCCCUGCUUCAUUCAAAAAAUUUCGAGAAGGUGCAUCGUUACAACGUCUAUUGCUCGUUUUUCGCGUGUAAUCUGAUAAAUCCGCUUUUCGCCAGUGAUGAAAUAACAUUUAUGGUCUCGAUGGGAGAAUACGGCAGCACUGGAACCAAUGCCAGUCACAAUCGCAGCUCCGUGCUUGGGGUUCUUCCUGAUCAUGAUGACACGAAAUAUUUUUCUAUGCCAUGGGGAAACCAUAAGCCGAUGGCCGACGUUCCUGGUCUCUGGGAACAUGUCGACGCACGUAUGGAAAGAAGCAAUGCGAUCAAGAAGAUUUCAUUGCCUGAUAUUAUCAUUAAGAUGUUGGCGGCUAACAAGGUGGUCGGCUAUAUCAAAGUUCCCGCAAGAAAGAUUUUUUUCUCAGAAAACGAAGCUCUUAGCGGAGAAUGGUGUGGGCAGAUGCAAGCGCUGACUAUGGCGUGGCCGACAGCGGCCGAUCGUAAAAGUCGUCAAGAAAACUUCCCCGCUGUCGUGCAUGCGCGAAUGUGGUUCGGUAAACGUGGUUUCGAAUGGUCGUGGAAAGAAGCCAUAAUGCCAGCAGAAAUCAAGACGUACUUUGAGAUAUUCAGCUACCAGAGCAACUGGGUUGUGAGAAACAGUCAUGACAUGUGGGUAUGUUCGAGCGACGGUCGAGCGACAAUCGACGACAAAUUGUUCGAAGUGCACGAGUGGCGUGACAAAAAAGCAGAUCAUCGCUUUCGACGGCGAUGCAUAAAGCGAACACGAAAGGCUGUGAAUUUCCAGAAUGAGAACUUUGAAACUUAUCAGCAAUCACUUGGUGACACUAAAUGGGAGGACCUACUUCCAGUGGUAAAGAAUUCGGCAAGAGGUUUUCUUCGUGUGAACUUUCUUACUAAGUCAAAAGAAACCCUAGUUGUUGACAACUCAUUAAACCCUGUCUGGAACGAGACGAUAAUUUUUGAUAAGCCUUUCUCUGAUAUGAUAGCAACAGCUGAAAAGGGAGGCGAAACUGGUUUAAACCUGUUGCCGUCCAACGGGAAGUCAUCACUGCCUUUGCGAUGUAUUUUAGGACUAGGAACGUUCUCUGAAGGCUUAUUUGCUAUCACCCAUUGA